GUCUCCGAUCAUUCUGUACCUCUCCUCUCGUCUCUCUCUCUCUCUCUCUCUCUCUCGCUUGGUAGUGAUUUAGCUCUAAAGAUGAAGAAGAGGGCGACGCUGGGAUUCGAAGAUUCCAAGGCCGUGUUUGGACUCCUCCGAGCAGAGCAACGACCACUCGAAGAGAUCGUCUCCGACUUCGCCUCUAUUUUCUCCCAUGGCCGCCAAUUCAUUCCCUCCUUCUCCCUCUCCGUUCUCUUACAGGAUAAGAAGAUGCUGAGUUCCACCCAACGCUUGAUUGCAUUUGCUAUACUUCACCAGGCUUACGCUUCCCAGAAACCGUCCGCAAAUCCGUUCAUUAAUUUGAUCAUCAGCGCCGCAUGCGAUGUUGAAGCUGAAAAAUGUGAGAGGGCAUUUGUUCUUCAGCUAUUACAGCUAUUCGGGUCUGAUGGCUCUAACAAUGGCAAAGAGUUUCUUAAACAGUCCGCUGCAGAUUACAUUAAAAACUUUGAUCCUUCGGUGCAUGUUUUUCCGCAACAGGAACAGUUGCAGCAGCAGUAUGCAGAUAAAGGCCAUCCAGAACCAUAUAGUUCUCCAUUCAAGGAUGGUUCUAUCAAAAAUGUGGUAGCAGACCCUGAUGUUCCUCGUGGUUGCGAUGCCAACUCAUCAGAGUUUGAUCUACAACCCGGAGCAAAAUCUAAAGUCGGUUCUGGAGAUAAAGAUGAGACAAUGCUUGGCUUGUUGUCCAAUAUAGCACUGGAAGGAUUAGGUCCUCACUGGAGCAGGCCUAUUCCUCCGAGGCUCCCAGUUCAGGACGAUGAACUGGUGUGGCUCAACCCAGUCGACAAUCAUGAACUUUUAUGGGAUGAUGGUAUGUGUGUUGAUACAAGCAGAGGUGCCGCUGUACGGGACCUAAUAGCUAAAGCUUUGAAGGGACCACUUGUGCCUGCACAACAAGAGCAAGUCUUGUUGGAGUUGGCAAAUGACCCGAAACUUGUAUAUCACUGUGGGCUGACACCAAGAAAGCUACCGGAAUUGGUGGAAAAUAAUCCCCUUAUUGCGGUUGAAGUUCUCACCAAGUUGAUAAACUCUCCUGAAAUUGCUGAAUAUUUUACAGUGCUCGUCAAUAUGGACAUGAGUCUACACUCCAUGGAAGUUGUGAACAGGCUAACAACAGCUGUUGAACUUCCUUCCGAGUUCAUACACAUGUACAUAACCAAUUGUAUAUCUUCAUGUGAGAACAUCAAGGACAAGUACAUGCAGAACAGACUAGUGAGGCUUGUUUGUGUAUUUCUGCAGAGCCUUAUCCGAAACAACAUUAUAAAUGUUAAGGAUCUCUUCAUUGAAGUCCAAGCGUUUUGCAUCGAGUUCUCCCGCAUUAGAGAAGCAGCUGCACUCUUUAGGCUCCUAAAGUCCUUGGAAUGAGCUGCUCUAAUUCGUCUGUAACUUUUUUGUAUGUGCAAGAUUGCCACCAUUACAGUUAGCAAUUGUUUCUGUAUGAUUUUUCCUUGUUUCUUGUAGAUAAUGUCUUCAUUUAGAAGUCAUUUAAUUUUUUUUACCUCAUUGAAUUUUCAAUUACUAUAUAGUUUAGUAGGUUCUGAUCUGAUCUCUUGUAAUGAAAAAGCAGUCAAGACAUGGUAUGGAAAUCUCAUUAUCGAUCAUGGACGAAAGUUAAAUACCAAUGGCUACAAAU